AUGACCACCACCAUCUUCCAGGCCGCCAACGACGGCAACGUCGAGCUCGUCAGCUCUCUCCUCGACCAGCCCUCGCUCGAAAUCGACGCACGCGACGAAGCCGGCUUGACCGCACUUCAGUACGCCGUUCGCGCCGGCCACAUUCAGGUUGUUUCGCAGCUGCUCGCUCAAGGUGCCAACGCCCUCGAGGUGGUCAACGACGACGCCCUCAAGCAAAACCCCGAGCUUGCUGCCGUCGUCAACAACGCUCUGCAGCACACCCAGUCCACUGCCUUCCAGACCGCUCCCGUCGUCGACUCGCACGGUGGCAAGCAGCUCCCCGACGGAACCGUGAGUUACGUCCAGCCCCCAUCCUACCAGAACGACGGCCAGCAGCAGCAGCAUCAGCAGCAGCAGCACCUCGUCCACCAGCAUCCCAUGUCGCAUCCAGCAUACCCAUUCCAGCCUCAGCAUGCCUUCUUCGACCCCUCGCACAACCCGGAGCACCGCGCCCACGCCGCCAAGGACAGCUCCUCCGGGAGCCUCCCGCCCCCCGAGGUCGCAAGGAUGAUCCCCUGCCGAUUCUUCCCCAACUGCCGAUACGGCGAAAAGUGCAUCUUCGCCCACCCCGUCCCCGUCCCUGCCGCCUCCUCCAGCGCUGGCCCUGUCUCGCCGGGCCAGGCUCCCAUGUUCUUCCAAUCGCACACCUACGGCUACCCGGCCUACGGACCACCGCAGCACUUCUACUCGAUGGCGCCUCCCAUGCCCCUCCAGUACGCUGGCGUUCCCAUGCCUGUGCACAUGCCUCCUCCUCCCCACAUGGCCCCGAACCAGCACUCUGCCGACGGAGAUUCGUACGGACACCAGUUCGCCUCGCACCCGCGCCAGCAGCUUGGCUCCCAGCAACCCGCCCAGGAGGGCCAGUCCGGCCCGGCUGCUACCGAGGCAUCGCCAGAUGCCGCAGCCCCAGCUGCUGUGGCAGUGCAAGCCGAUACUGAGGCCAGCAAGGCUGACUCUGCCUCUGACGCCAAGACGGCGCCCAAGAACUCCGCCGAGUCGGCCAAGCCAGCAUCGGCGACGGCAAGCCCGGCCACCGCCACCACCACCUCCUUCAGCGCCUUCAUGGCCCACCACGCCGCACCCUUCCAGCCCGGGCCAGCACAGAACGGCGUUUCUGUCGGCGCUGACGGCAGCUUCUUGACUGGCUCCCAGCCUACGACCCGUGGCACCAAAGGUGCCCGUCGAGGCGGCGCCUCCAUGGGCGGCAACUUCGGUCAGCGCUCGGAGCUCGGCAAGCGCUCGAGCGAGCGUCCCGCCUGCCUCUUCUUCGCCCGCUCGGCCUGCAAGCAUGGCGAGGACUGCCGAUUCCCCCACAUUCUUCCGGACGGCACCGAUGCUCGUGGCCCCAACGCGGGUCGAUCCAACCACUCGAUCGAGGCUUCGCGCGCCAUCAACCGCGCGCUCGCUGCCAAAAACGCAAAGGCGUCCAACAACAACAACCACAACAACAACAACAACAGCAACAACAGCAACACCAACAACUCUGCAAAGGAGUCGUCUUCAGCCGGUACUGCGGCCAACGGUGAGAACAGCGGCCUGCCUGCCACGCCAAGGGACGUGAGCGUGUCCACCUCUCCUGCCUCUGCGCAGACCACCAUCACCGCUUCGAACCAGAAGAACGACAGCACGUCCAAGCCCUCGGCUGACCGCACUGCUUCGCGUGCCGAUGCCGCCGACAAGUCGACGGCUGCGGCUGCAUCUGCUCCUGCCAAGAAGGAGGCCACUGCCAAGUCGAAUGCGGCUGCUGGCUCCUCGACCGCGACCAAGUCCAGCGGCCCCAAUGCUGCGUCUGCUGGCAAGUCUGAGGCCAAGGCCGAAAACAACAGCAACGGCAAGCGCGCCGCGGCGAGUGCCAAGAGCGACGAGGCCAAGCCUGCUGCUGCCGCUCCCGCAGGCCAGGGCGACCGAAUCCCUGCUUCCAUCCCGUCCAAGCCCAUGGUCAACGGUAACGGCAGCAACGGUGCUGCCAACCGUCAGAACGGUGCCAAGCCCCAGGCGAACGGCGUCCAAGCUGGCAAGGGCAACCACAACCAGAACGGUGCGCGCUCGCGAGCCAACCAGGGCUCGAACGGUCGCGCCAACGGCCAGGGCGCCCAGGGCGCUGCGGGUCAGAAGAAGCCCGCUCCCCAGCGCCUGCCGAAUGCUGACGACUUCCCGGCCUUGACCAACGGUCAGGGUCAGGCUGCUGCGGCUCCUGCGCCCGUCGCGGCCGCCCCCGCCAACGGUGCCCCCAAGGUCAACUUCUCGGCCAUCCUUUCGGCCCCUGCUCCUGUCAAGAAGCAGCCUGAGCCUACCAAGGAGACCGAGACCGCCGCUGCCGCUGACGACAAGCCCGCUGCUACUCCAGCGGCGAAUGGCGAGGCAAAGGAGGCUGGCGAGUCGGCCGACGACGCCGACGCCAAGACCAGCGCGCCCAAGCAGGCUUCCACCAACGCAAGCGGUGCGGCUGCACCCAUGAUGGACUUUGCGGCUGUCGUCCAGUCCAACCCCGUCGCUGUCUAA